AUGACCCGGAAGGUGGGCGCGCAGGUUACACGCUUCCUCCAGGAGAAUGCCACGACGCCCGAGAACAGGAAGAACGAGGAGAAGUGGUCGUCCAGCGAGGGCGGCAGCGUGCUAAGCUGGCUGGCGCAACGCGCCCCACAGCAGCCGUCGCGAGGGGCGAUUGACUACCUCAGCAAGGCCCGCCCCUCCGAGCCUCCACCGGCCGGGGCCCAGACCUCCCUGCCAAAGCCCCGCUCUCAGCAGCAGCGGGAACAGCAGCAGCAGCAGCAGGCCCGACCGCAGCAGCAGGCCCAACCGCAGCAGCAGGCCCAACCGCAGCCCGCCACGGGGCCUACCGCGAAGGCUACGCGUGUGUUGCCCGCAGCCGUGCUGGGGGGCCAAGUUGUCCGGCAGGUGAAGGUGGGCGAUACGAUCAUCGUCCCCGGCGAGACAUUCCCGGCGGGGAGCCAGCGUGAACAGCUGCAGCCUCCGCAGCCGCAAGUAACCUCAAGCGAAAGGAGCUACCGGGGCCGCAGUCGCCGCGAGACAAAGGAAGAGCGCCUCAAGCGGCGCUUUGAAAAGAUGGCAGCAGAGGCGCAAAAGCGGCACGAGGAGGCGCUUCGGGUGGACCCCGAGUACCAGAAAAAGUAUCAAACCUAUCAGGAACUCCAGGCGGCCCAGCAGAAGGCGCAGGCGGGUUUUCUCGAGCAGUACUCGCAUCAGGAGCAGGUGAACCUUAACAACGCGGUCGUUGAGCGCCUGGACAUCCCUGUCAUACUGGAGCUUAUUGAGCAGCACGACGUCGUCUUCAUCUGCACGGACACAGGGAGUGGCAAGAGCACGCUGGUCCCGAAGGCACUGCUGGAGCUGUCGCAAAACACGCGGGUGGUAAUCACCCAGCCGCGCCGCACAGCCACCAUUUCCAUCGCCUCGAGGGUCGCCGCUCUGCGUCGCGAAAACGUUGGCGAGGACGUUGGGUAUUGGAUCCGUGGCGACAGGCGCGGCGACGAUCAGACGCGGCUGUGGUACAUGACUAGCUACACGCUUCUUUUACACCUGCUGAAUAACCCGCUGAACCCUCCCUUCACGCACAUUGUUCUGGACGAGUUCCACGAGCGACAGCCGGACAUUGAGGUGACCGUGGCCCUGCUGCGCCUUUGCCUCUUGAACCGAACGGCAAACUUCAAACUCAUCCUCAUGAGCGCCACACUUAACACCGAGGACUGGGAGGAGUACUUCACGGGACUCAAGGUGGCAACGUACAAGCAAAGCGAGCCGGAGCACCCAAUUCAUGACUACUUCAUGGAAGACGUCUGCGCCUUGACCGGAAUGCAGUAUACUGAGCCGCCGAAUAUCCUCAAACGUAACGUGGGCUUUGCGCUGCUAGAGGAGCACAUGACCAUUGCGCAAAACCUCAUCCUCUACCUUAACCUCUGCGCCGACCCGCAACACGCCGUGUUGGUCUUCUUGCCGGGCUACGCGCAGGUGGAGCAGUUUCAGCUCUGGCUCGAGCGAAGUAUGCCCAAACCCGUCGAUGUUGUGCCGUGGCACAGUUCUGUUGAACUUUCCGUCAUUGAGGACGCCAUCCGCCGUCGGGGGUCGUAUCGGCAGAAGAUUUACCUGGCGACGGAUAUUGCGGAGGUCUCCAUCACGCUGCCGGAUGUUGUCUUUGUGAUUGACCUGGUGCUGGUGAAGCGUCCGAAGAUCAACCGGGACGAUCCCGCCACCGUGCUGCACCCGCCGCUGAUGAUGCAGUGGAUUUCAAAGGGAAGCGUGGCGCAGCGGCGCGGUCGCAUUGGGCGGGUGCAGCAAGGCUUCUACUUUUGCCUGCUGCCUUUUUCCGCCGUUGCGUCCCUUCCCGAUCACGCCAACCCACCCAUUGAAAACACCCGCAUUGACGAGCUCUCCCUGCACUGCCUGCAACUUGUGUCGAACCCGGUGGCGAUAUUUAGCAUAUGCCACGGGCAACCGCUUCUGGAGACCAUCGCCGUCUCCAUGGACACAUUGUCGCAUCUGGGCUGCAUUAUUAACAAGAAGGACCCGCUGGCAGCGGGCGAGCGCAUCUCCGAAAUCCACUCCAACAGCCAGUGGAGCCCGCUGGUGCUCGAGGCGGCGAAGAACGUCGUCCUCGCCGAAAUCGAUCAGUACGAGUACACCUUCAUUGGCCGCAUCCUGCAGCUCAUCCCGGUCUCUCCGCAGGCUGGCAUGCUGGUCUUCUACGGUAUUUUAACGGGGCUGGAGUCACUCAUGAUAUUGGCGGCGGCGGUCACAAGCAGCCAUUUGCCGUUUGCACCGAACCCGCAGGAGCAGCGGCGGCGCAAGCGUGACAGGCUUCCGCAGGCCAUGGCGGAGACGGAGAACGUCAUGCGUGACAUGUGCUGUGGCCUGCGCAGCGACAUUGUGGCGGUCAUGAAGGCGGUUCUUAGCUUUCGCGUCUGCGUCGGCGAGAGCGGCGACGAUGCCGCGCGCGUGCGUCAGUGGUGCCUUGACCGCCACCUCAGCCAGGACAAGCUGAGGAGCAUUCUGGACCUUGAGCAGCACAUCAAGUAUGAGCUGGCCAGCUUCAUUCCCUUCCGCGACAUCGUGGACGCGCGGGAGCUGCUUGUGCAGCUCGAGAAGGCGGCGCCGAUUGUGCUGGUCAUGUCGAACGUCGCCUUCGCCUCCCAGUCGCUGGAGGUGACGGUGGAGGGCAACACCUACACAAACUCCGUGGAGACGGCGGUGGGCGUCUUCACCGACGUCACCGCGGUGCCGGACCUUCGCUCGCCGAGCUGCCUGCGCUGGCAGGCGGGCGACAUCGUCGUUCCGGUGCAGCUCUCGUGCCUCGGCAACCGCAUGCUCGCCAGCUUCGCGACCGCCAUUGCGUCGCACAAGCAGUUUUGGCUCUCGCUGCUCCUCCUCACCCACCGGAUCCACUACGCGGCCUUCGCCGACGACGAAGGCGCCUUUUACGUCUUCGCCGUGAAGUACCACAACACCGCGCGCUACGUGGAGACGGACGCGCAGACCGGGCACGCCGUGCUGCACUUCCGCCGGCUGCUCACGCCGGCGUGCCAGACCCUGCGGCUGCAGCAUGACCACCAGGAGAUGUACGACGACGAGUUCGCGGCGCUGCUGCGCCGCUACGGGCUGAAGCCCCUGUUGGAGGCGCAGCGGGACGUCAUCACGACGAUGGCGGCCUUCCUAAACAACACGGAGCACCUCACCGUCGACGAGGUGGAGCACGACGAGGACGACCUCGACGAGGUCUCCAUAAUAACUCUCGCGCUUCCGCAGCAGAAGGACGACUGA